AUGAAUGACGUUGAGAAGGGCGGUGCCACUGUAUUUCCUAAACUCAACAUUUCUGUUUUCCCAGUCAAGGUAGGGAACUUCAUUUAUCGUGUUUGCAUUUUAAAAUUAUUUUAAACGCUUUUGUAUAAAGUCUUUAAAACGAAACAAAAAGUAUUUUAUUUUUUUUUAAUUAUUUUCAGUAAACCUUUUAAGGGUACAAAAGUAUUUGUUUUUUAUAGCAUAAUUUUUUUUUUGUGGUCAUAAAUAGAGCAGUAAUUCCACAGACCUUAAAUGCCCAUGAAACAUUUCUAUAAUCUCUACCACCGAUUUCCAUCGAUCUAACGAUAGGCAGAGUAAUCUCCUAACGUAAAAGAGAGUGGCCAAGGUUGAAAAUUCGGAAUUUGAAUUGUUUUGGUAUCUUUUUUUUCCAAACUGUAUUUCCUUCUGACAGGGUAAAUGGGUAAAUAACACAUACGUCAAAACCUUAGAAGCUAAAUUUGUGGUGUAUUAAUACUAUUCCAUAAAACCAUUUUUGAGGUUUAAACAAGAUUAGGUAGCAAUAAUAAUAGUGAUUUCGGCAGAAAUCAGAAAAUCACUUUCGGUUUGUCUCUACCUAGUAUAAAUGUCUUAAAUUCUCUCUACUCCAGAACAUGGCUCUGAUGUGGUACUAUACUUAUUCCUUGUAUGAAUGUCUUAACCUCUCUCUACUCCAGAACAUGGCUCUGAUGUGGUACUAUACUUAUUUCCUUGUAUGUAUGUCUUAAACUCUCUCUACUCCAGAACAUGGCUCUGAUGUGGUACUAUACUUAUUUCCUUGUAUGUAUGUCUUAACCUCUCUCUACUCCAGAACAUGGCUCUGAUGUGGUACUAUACUUAUUCCAUGUAUGUAUGUCUUAAACUCUCUCUACUCCAGAACAUGGCUCUGAUGUGGUACUAUACUUAUUCCUUGUAUGAAUGUCUUAACCUCUCUCAACUCCAGAACAUGGCUCUGAUGUGGUACAACUUAAAUCCUGCCGGAGAAAUAGAAAGAAACACGCUGCAUGCCGGCUGCCCAGUCGCGGUGGGCCAUAAAUGGAGUGAGUGA